AAAAUAACUCACGCACGCGCUGAGCUUGAAGUCCGGCACGACGCGUACCAAAAAGUGAUCAAGCACUAAAUUAAAACGGAAAGGUAGCUCCGUCGAUAGCGCGCAGCAACGCACACCUCGCAACUCACUGCGCAAGGUCGGCCAGUCAGAGACCACCUGAAUCCUACCUGGAUCCGUCGCUUUCAGCCGAACGAGCGAACGAGAGCCGCACAAACACGUACCAGAUGUGGCGCUACCUCUGCCUCGCCACCGCCGCCUGGGCAUUGGCGCCGCCCAAGAUCAACCUCGGCGACUACCUCGUCCAGCGCGCCGUUCAGCAGCAGUUGAAUUAUAUGGCUGAUUUGAAGAACGAACCGCUCGGUAAUUGGCUCAAGGCCUUCCAGGACCACGCCCACCUCGAUAGCAAUUCACCAAGACGUUUCCCCGGCACCUACAGCGCCGCGUUCGGCCAGCUCAACAAACCGUUCCAGGAAUACUUAGUAGACAUGGGCACGGCCGAGAAAGAGGUCGUAGAGAUCGCGGUGGCCCCGCGGCGGCGCCUGUCGGCGCCUGUGUGGAAAUCAAAAUUUUAUGGCGCGUCGCGGCGCCUGCUCCAUAGCGUGAGGAUGCCGGUUCCUCGCCGCCCGACGGAGCCGGCACGGCCGCGCCAUCGCCGAGAAAUGACUUAGUGAAGAAUUGUCGGGUGCACCCGACGCACUGGUUGAUUUCCACACAGGUCGGCGCGAGAACUCGCCAAUCCGUUCCUGGCUAAGCAAGCCAUGGAAGUCUACGACGAGGUGAUUGACCCAAAGCAAGUUCUAAAAAGGCUGGUGACGACGGCCGACGUCAUGGUCGACACCUGUGUGGAAAUCAACCAUUGCGUCGGGUGCACUUGGCCGCGCUGGCUCUGUCGACCGGUGAGGAACCGGCAUCGCCACGCCAUCGAGCAGGCGUCGCGUCGAUGGCGUGAAGCUCGACGCGAAGAUUCAGCGCGAACGCGCCGUAAAAUUUUGAUUUCCACACAGGUCGACACCUGGGCAUUUCAGUUCUCUGAGCUCGAGAAGGCGGACCAGGAGCGCGUCGCGCUCGAGCGCCAGAUCGGGGGCCUGCCCGACGCGACCAUCAGUGCAUAAAUCAAAUUCUCGCGGCGCAUCUGUCGCACCCGACUCACUGGUUGAUUUGUGCACAGGCGGCCAUGCUGCGAGAUGCCGAGCUCGCGGAGGGCGGUGAAACGCGCACGAGCUGGUACACCGAGGACGAGCCGAUGCCCCUCUACGCGUUUGAGUGCUGACUCGGUGUCAAUUGUGCCUUCAAUACUUCGGGUCCGCGUCGAUGGCGUCGAGCAACGCGCCAUCGACGCGACGGUACCGUUCACACAGUCAACGAGCCUGCGACCGCCUCGCGACGCUGCGAGCAUUGGAGGCGCUCACGGAGGAGGUGCGUUCGUUGACUCCACAAAAUGCCUUUGAGAGCGGUUAUUUAAGGAGAGAGGCCAAGGCCGAUCAAGACGAUGAUGACGUGGACGAGCGCGUCGUCGAGCGGCGUCGCAAGCGCCGCGAGGAACGUGAAGCCAAGUAUGUGAAGGGGGAGGGGGACGAAAUAGCUUCGGCGGCGAAGGAUGCGGCGCUAUCGUUUCUCGAGGAGUCCCCGUCCGGCGUCGAAUGUUUCGAUCGUCCUCGCACUUCUCAAUGAGAUACGCACAGGUUUUCCCAGAAGUGGGUCCCGAAGCUGUCCAAGGGCGACCCGCGCUCGUCGCUCGAAAAGCGCUCGAAGCGGCCGCCGCCGGGCCAGUACGAGGCGCGGCCGCGCGACGCCGGCGCCGAUGCUGAUGCAUGCAUGGAGGCGCUCUGGGCUUAUAGGGACGAGUCGCCCUACCACAUCCGGGGCGGCGAGCUCGUGAUACCCGCGCGCAUGGCGUUGCGCCUGCGCGAGCUCCGCGUGGAAGCCGCGGCGGCGGCGCGGCGCGAGCUGGCGGAGGACAUCCAUCCGCAGCUCUUGGACGCCCGCGCGAAGUACACGGACUACGUCGAGCCCGUCGCGGAGGAGGUCGUGGCGACGGGCGACGACGGGUGGGAUUAGUGUAAGUAUGUCUAUGAUAAA